UCACAUGGACCCACCUCAAACCUUGAUUUCCAUGAUCAUUCACUUACAAAGCACACCAUCAUUCACAUUAUUCACAACACCUCCCACGCCAUAAUUCCCAUACCCCACACACUCUCUCAACCUCCACACACUAACCAUGCCACAAAAUCAUGCUUUUUAACAUGCUCACCCACCCACUCUUCCCCUCACCACACCCUAACUUAACUUACUUUCUCUUACAAACAAAAAGUAACAAUUUAUCAUUCCCUAGAACACUUGAUCAUUGAUUCCAUUUAGGGUUUGGUUUUGGUUCCACACCUUGGUAACCAUACCAAACCAAAACAAAACUCCAAAAUUUCAUGUUCCAACUUCUCAAUGUUCAGUUUCUGCUGUUACAGCAAAUUUUUCAUCCUUUUUCUUUGUACCCUUCUUCGCUAUUUCAUUGCUUAAAUCCCUAACACAUUAAAAUGCCUAAAUCUCCAGAACAAAAAGAUGGAUCUGAAAAUCAAACACCAAAAUCAAAUUUCAUCGAUUCAUUUUUCACUCAUUUUUCAACAACUAAACCUAAAAUGAAACGCACCGUUCGACCAUUUUUUAUUCUCCUCCUUCUCUUAGUUUUCAUUGCUACGUUAACUUCACGCGCUAUUCUCCGCAAAGGUAUACUCUCAAUCGAGCUCGAAGCGCGUGUCUUCACUCGCGAUCCACCGUCGCUUAACGCAACCUUACUCCACCACGCCGCCGUCGAGAUCGGUGAGGAAAAAACCCGCCGAGAGAUUCAGCAGCUUCUCGACGGUAACUUCGCUAGUCAAGCUCGUCAUAGAACCUUUGUCUCAUGGCGGAGGUUCAUCCAUCAUGACGGUGGUGAUAAGACUUAUCCGGCGACACUCCGGUCACCGUUGUUUUAUCGGUAUUGGAUUGAUUUUCGACGAGUUUUGCAUGAUUGGGCGAGAAAACGGAGAUUUCAACCGGGGAUUAUGGCCGAAUUGACUCGAUCGGUGAAAGUUCCGAUUGAUCGGUAUAACAAAGCUGUUAAUGUUGAUUCAGGUGAUUUGAAGAAGUAUUCAUCUUGUGCUGUUGUUGGUAAUAGUGGAAUUUUGCUUAAUAGAAACUAUGGUGCGUUAAUUGAUGCACAUGAAUUUGUGAUUAGGUUAAACAAUGCUAGGGUUGAUAACUAUGAAUCAAAAGUUGGGAAAAAGACAAGUAUAUCCUUUGUGAAUAGCAACAUUUUGCAUUUGUGUGCAAGAAGAUCAGGGUGUUUUUGUCAUCCAUAUGGUGCAAAUGUUCCUAUAGUUAUGUACAUUUGUCAAGCUGUUCAUUUCUUGGAUUAUACUGUUUGUAAUGCUUCUCAUAAGUCGCCGUUGUUGGUGACGGAUCCGAGGUUCGAUGUUUUGUGUUCUAGGGUUGUGAAGUAUUAUUCUUUGAAGAGAUUUGUGGAGGAAACUGGGAAGGGUUUGGAGCAAUGGGGUUCGGCGCAUGAUGGUGCAUUGUUUCAUUAUUCUUCUGGGAUGCAAGCUGUGAUGUUGGCUUUAGGAGUUUGUGAGAAAGUUAGUCUUUUUGGGUUUGGUAAAUCGGCUGCGGCAAAACAUCAUUAUCAUACUAAUCAGAAAGCUGAGCUUCAUUUGCAUGAUUAUGAGGCGGAGUAUGCUUUUUAUCGCGAUCUUAUGGAGGGAGAUAAGCCUAUACCGUUUGUAUCGGAGAAGUUUAAGAUUCCUCCUGUUGUAAUGUAUCGAUGACAUGACUGUGAGUUUGUAUCCGAGAAAGUUGGAAUGUAUCGAUGGUUCUAUGGAUGACAGCAGCGAAGUGUUGUUGGAGGGUCGAUUUUGUUCAUGUGUUAUCAUAGUUGAAGUGUUAUCUUGUUGUAAUACUUGUGGAAUGAACAGAAACAGAUAGUUGAUGGGAUUAUUGAGUUUGGUUUGAGAUUCAUUUUUUAUUUUCUCAAGUUUGUACUGUCCCAAAUGUAGCCUCAAAGGCAUCACCCAAGUGUAAAUUUUGGUUAGAUCAAUACAGAAUGAUGAAGUAUGUUCAUCUAAGCUUUCUGCUAUUCAAAAA